GCCUCGAAUUCGUCGCAACGAGGAAGAGGAUAAAUCCACAUCCAUUUGUGACUAAUAAAAACGUCUUCCUUAUAAUUACUCUACAUCUUUUUUUUUAACCACCGCAUGCCUCCGUGGAAACUCGAGCAGGUUUGAGAAUGAAACGUUUACAAUGUUGGACUGAGUGCCGUGAAGCGUAGGAGACGUUUUCGUGUAACAAGAUGAAUCAGGAAAAAUUGGCCAAACUUCAGGCCCAAGUGCGGAUAGGAGGAAAGGGUUCGGCACGCAGGAAGAAGAAGGUGGUACACAGAACUGCCACAGCAGAUGACAAAAAGCUUCAGAGUUCCCUAAAGAAAUUGGCUGUCAACAACAUCGCUGGGAUUGAGGAGGUCAACAUGAUCAAGGACGACGGUACGGUGAUCCACUUCAACAACCCCAAAGUGCAGGCCUCGCUGUCGGCCAACACGUUCGCCGUCACGGGCCACGCCGAGACCAAGCAGCUGACCGAGAUGCUGCCGGGCAUCCUCAGCCAGCUGGGGGCCGAUAGUCUGAGCAGCCUGCGAAAGCUGGCAGAGCAGUUUCCACGCCAAGCACUUGACAGCAAAUCUCCAAAAGUUGAAGACAUUGAGGAAGAGGAUGAUGAUGAUGUUCCAGAAUUGGUGGAGAACUUUGACGAAGCCUCCAAGAAUGAAGCCAUCUGACGACUGAGCCAAAACCCAUAAACACUCGGCAAUGUUUUCACUUCAGACAUAUCAGAAUGGACACAUACGCACACACACGCACGCACACACGCAGACACACACACACACACAUUUAUGCAACAGAGACUUUUCUUUUAUCAGAUGUCCAAGCCGGCUAAGUGGCUUUUAAAACAAAAUAUGAGCUUCUGUUUUUGCCAUGCUGUCAGUUGUUCUAAAUGUCUUAACUUGUUUGUUUAUGAAACACAAUAAAAGAGGAUUAACAUUU